AUGCCUGCCAAUAAGUCGCGUGGACGAAGCCCGCUGGUCAUCGAGCUCCGCGGGCGCCUCCUCGAACAGGCCGCCAAGGCCCCUGAAGGCGACAAGGAUGAUGUGAAAGUGCCGUCCCGCGGCCCAUCGCCAGCUGCCGACCGCGCGAAGAGCUCGAACAACCUGCAGCUGGUCAUCGAGCACCGCGGGCGCCUCCUCGAACAGGCCGCCCGCGCUGAUCGCGAGCGUCGCGCUCCCACCCCCGAGGAAUAUGUCUACCGGAUCGCCAGCACGUUCAACCUCCAUCUCGCUGAGGCCUACGACGGGCGAAUUCUUCAAGAUUCACCUCUCUAUUUCAUCCAGAAGGGAGACCGUGUCAUCUCUCUGCUGACCGGCAACCUGCGAGGGAAGCCAAGCCCGCCGUACCUCUACAAGAUCGGAAAAAAUCAAGAACUCUCUCGCGUCCAGGAGUGCCGGCUCUUGGUGCGGAAUACGGAUGUGUUGGAGAGGACGCUGGAAGAGCUCUGCAUCUGCUGUGACGCCACCGACAUCUACAUGGCCAGGGGCCCGCUGAAGCUUUGCAGGAAGUGCUGGGACUCGGUCCGGGGUUGGACAGGAGUCCUCCACCGCUGCGAUCCCAAAGAGCCGUCGCACCUCGAAAACGCCAACAACCCGUUCUCGACGCUCAAAGGGGACAACUGCCUGGAGUGCAAGACCCGGCGCGCUGUGCAACACGGAUGGUCGCCGAGUUACCCCACCGUCCGUGCCAUCCUCGGACUUCCGGCCGAA